AUGCCUCUUAGCCCUGAACAUUCUGUGAAUGACAGCCGUGAUGUCUGGAUGAAUUACUCUGACCACGGUAUGAUCAACAGUAACAAAACAGCUGAGAGUGUGAGGGGAUUUGGUCCGAUCGCGAACUACACGGAGUUUUGGGUGGCGUAUUACCUGAACCUGUACUACCCCUGGUGUCUCUGUGGCCUAGGGGUGCUGUGUAAUCUAGUCGUGUUUGCCGUCACCCUCGUCAGCAAGCCCUUUAACACAUCGUCAAUGUAUGUCGCCACCCUUGCUGUGGUAGACAGUUUGGCCCUCGUCGCCAAGCUACUAUACACAUCCCUUACGGCCGACGACGUUCCAAUGGGGCAUACAGGAUGUCAGAUCAUUUUACUCAUCGGACACUUCCUUGUGCAGUUUUCAGUUUGGAUACUGGCUAUAAUUACAGUGGAACGCUUUGUGGCUGUUCAAUUUGUAUUCAAGGUGUCCAGUCUAUUCACGAUGGCCCGGGCCCGAAUGUCCCUUGCCAUAACAGCCGUGUUGUUGUUCUUAGCAGACAUUCACCUGUUCUGGACCUCUAUGGAGGUUUCAGAUCCUCUCACCGGAUUACAGUGUGGGUUCCAUCCGGACCACCAGUUCUUCGGCAACAAUGUGUGGCAUUGGAUAGACGCCACCCUCGCCUUCCUAUUCCCAUGCGCUUUGCUUAUUGUUCUCAAUACCCUGAUCCUCGUCUAUCUGCACAGGCAUCAAGCCAAAAAUAAAGAGUAUUUCAGUGGUAAUGAAGACAUUCCAAAGCGGGCUCGAAAUCAGAACAGACAGUUGACUGUAAUGUUGGUGACUGUCUCCGUGGGUACUACGUGUCUAUUGCUGCCCAUAUCCGUCUUCUAUGUCGUACACAUAUACUGGAAUUACAUAGAAUCUGCUCAUUCAACAGCCCAAGUUUUACCUGAUCUCUAA